AGCUGUCAAAAAAUGCUAUAUACAUAAGCUUUACAACCCUGUUAUACUAUUAUCGAAAUAAACGUUUUGUGAAAAGAAAAGUAAUUUAUAUUUUUGUGGAGAAGUAAAAAAAUAUACAUUAUCAAAUAAAUUAAAUUAUGGGUUCAUCCACAACCGGCAAACAUAAACAUAAAAAAGAAAAGAAACAUAAGCGUCAUCGCUCAAGGUCUCCCAGAGAGCUCCAUAGUGGCGAAGAAGAACAAAUAGAUUUGACAAGCGAAAAAUCCAGCAGUCGCCAUCGUCACCACAAACAUAAAAAACACAAGGAGCACCAUCGUGAAAGACAACAUAAACGUCGAGAACGAGAUCGUGACGACCGCAGUGAUGAAGUGAUUGCUUUGGCCGAGUCUGAUUCAGACAGUUCCGACUGCAUAGAAGUUCCGGUAGAUUCUAAAUCCAACAGUAAUAGCGAAGGAGAACGUAGUGCACCUCCACCUCCUUUGCUAUCGAAACAUGUCGAUCUCGAGGAAGAACGCCGUCGACGAGCUUACGAAAAAGAGAAAGAUAGGGAUCGUGAGUAUGAAAUGGAAAGAGAACGUGAACGUUACAAGGAACGUGAUAGAGCUUACGAAAGGUCGCGCGAAAAGGAAAGAGAACGUGAGCGUUAUGAGAAAAUACGAGAAAUGGAAAGAAGACGUGAAAGGGAGAGUCGUGAUGAAGAAAUGGAACGCGAAAUGCGAAAGGAACGUGAUAGAAAACGGGACAGAGAACGUGAAUAUGAGAGAGAAUUUCAUUCUAGGCAUCGUUCUGAGAGAGAGGAUAGAGAAUUUGAUUCACCAAGGGAUGCCGAAAGGUACAAUAGGGACCGAGAGCGUUCACUCGAAAGAGAAAGACAUACAGAAAGGGAUUUUUCACCUAUACCAGAAAAUGGUGCCGGCGAUUGUCUUUCCAUAGAGGAAACAAAUAAGUUAAGAGCUAAAUUGGGUUUGAAGCCAUUAGAGGUAGAUUCUGGCCCCUCUAAACCUUCAACUUCGGCGGCUGCUGCUGAAGCGAAAAAACCAGGUGAAAAAAAUCUUUCGUCCUAUAAAGAUGAAUGGGGAGAAUUUUUACACAAACCCGCGGAAGAUCUUAAAGAGAAAGCUAAGGUAGAAAAACUAAGAGAAAAGCUAAAACAGAAGAAAGAAAAACGUUUUUUGGAAGAAAGACUGGCUCACAUCAAGACCCUGGGUGAGUCGGAUGACGAAGUUGAUGAUAUUAGUAAGUGGGUGCAGCGUAACAAAAAGGUAGUGGAUGAAAAAAAAGCAGCUGAAGAACGGGCUAAAGCUUUAGAAGAAAUGGAUCAAGAAUUCGGUGUAGAGGAUUUAGUGGAGAAGGAAAAAGCAGAAGCGCGUCGCAAAGCUUACACAGAAAAACAUUUAAAGGGUCUUAAAGUUGAUCAUGAUAUGGAUGAGUUUUCUGAGGGAAAGACUAUUAUUUUAACUCUUAAAGAUACCGAUGUUUUGGACGAGAAAGAGGGCGACACUUUGAUCAACGUCAACAUGUUAGAUGAUGCUCGUUACCGCAAGAAUGUUGAAAACAAAAAGAAAAAUCCUUUGUCUUACGGUUACAAUGUAUUCGAGGAACAAUAUGAUGAACUUGGAAACCCCAUCGAAAGAAAUAUAUUGGAAAAGUACGAUGAGGAUCUGGAUGGAAAUAAAUUGAAAACGAAAAACUUCGUAAUUGGCGAAAAUUUAGAUGAAGAACGCGAAUAUCGCCGUAAGUUAUUAGAAAUUAAAACAAAAUUAGCAGGAAAACGUUUGGAAACAUUAGCCGAUACACAAAUCACUUUGGCAUCCGACACAAUGUCUGAAACAGAAAUGGCUAAAUUUAAAAAACCUAAAAAGAAAGUGAAGAAAUUGAGACAAAAGCUUAAAGCCGAUGACUUACAGCCCUUAUCGGAAGACACUUCCCAUUUUGGUAGUCGGGGGGGACUUCAUCGAGAUAAAGACGAUCCUAUGGAUUCUGAUAUAAAGAUUGAAGAACAAGACGAAGAUCUCGAACGUAUGCUCUCCAAAGCACGCAAACUUAAACAAAAGGAAAAUAUCAUUAAGAAAUCGUUGCCCAACAUCGAAACUAUUAAACCAGAAAUAAAAUCGGAAAUCGAAGAAGACAACGCCAUGGAUUCAGAAGUUAAUCGAGAUGCUCACAUCAUUCUUAAUGCCACAGCUGAAUUUUGCCGAACAUUAGGUGAUAUUCCUACUUACGGUAUGGCCGGAAAUCGUGACGAAGAUUCCAAUGAAAUGAUGGACUUUGAGGCAAUCGAAAAUGCCGAAGAGAGAUUAGUUGAUAACACCGAUGAUAUGAUAGAAGCCAGUCAUGGUACUUGGAAUUCGGUAAAUCCCGAUGAAGUUAAUCAACCCGCCGAUUUGGACAAUAUUGUUGACGAAGUAGAGGAUGUGGCUAUAUUGGAUGAAGAGCCAGACGUGGGCGCUGGUGUGGCAAAUGCAUUGCGUUUAGCUUUAUCUAAAGGUUAUCUAGAAAAGGAGGAUCUCAAUAGACCAAGUAACUCUAAAAUGGCACACUUACAGGCUAAAAACUAUUCGAUAGAAGAUAAGAACACAGCUGAAGACGAUAAAUUCGGCCGACGAGACCGUUUUCAUGCUGGUCCUAUUAUGGACUUUAAAGACAAGAGCAAUUUCAACCCAAACGUAAAAUUGGAAUAUAUCGAUGACAAUGGACGAAUCUUAAAUUUAAAGGAGGCUUUCCGUUAUUUAUCACAUAAAUUCCACGGCAAGGGGCCAGGUAAAAAUAAAAUUGAAAAACGUCUGAAAAAAAUGGAACAAGAUGGUCUAAUGAAAACGAUGAGUUCAACUGACACGCCACUGGGUACACUAACCAUGUUGCAACAGAAACAAAAGGAAACCAAAACGCCGUAUGUUGUUUUAAGUGGUGGCAAACAAGCGUCGAAUAAUGUAGCUGGUUCAACUAUAUCCAAGUUUAAGUAAAUGCAAACAAUAGAUGAUUACAAUAGUUAUAAAGCAUACAUAUAUAUAGAUUUUGCAUUUCGCACAUUUAUUUACAAGCAAAACAAUUCAGUGGAUCAAUAUAAAGAAAUAAUCAACAUUUGUUCAUAUUACGUUAUUAAUCAAAAAUUUUAUUACUUCAAAAGACAAGGCAAAAUAAAAAAUGUAUGUAAAUUCUGAAAUAGUAAAAAUGGGAUGACGCAAAAUUAUGAAAAGCGAUGCAUGAAUAACAUACGGUGAUAUUGAUCCCCUAGAAUUUAACAAAAAAGAAAACCCCAAUAAAUAUACAGUUUAAUUGCAAUAGUAUUUUUAAUAGAGAUACAGUCACAUUUAGUAACUUAACCUGAACUUUACACCUUCUAGAUUAUAUUCGUUCUAUAUUAUAUGUGUCACUGGCAAUUAAAAAUAAUUAUAAUUGUAAUAUUUUUAUAAUUUUUAACAUCUAAUAUUUAAGGUGAUUUAUUCAUUUGGCUAAUUUUGUUAUAGUUUGUAUUAUUAUCAAUUCAGUUUGAAAUUGAACUUUAAGUUAAACAAAAUAAAUGAAAAGAACCAAAAUAAAGAAUA